UCCUAAUUUCUGAUGUAUUUGGAAAAUGCAGAUAUUUCAAAACUGAUUGAAAAACCAUCACAUUUUGAAGAUACUUGCAAUAAAAUCUAACUGUAAGUUGUUUUGAAAUUAUGUCAGGGUAUGAAGCUCCAAAUCUAAGGUAAAUGAAAUUUUCACUACUAUGGUUAUUUGUUCGUUAGAUAAAUGAAAAUAUUGAAUCCCUCCAAUGGGUGGAGGUAAUAGAAAUGUAUGUUGAGGAUUUAUAAUUUUCAGUCUUUGAACUUUUAUGCUGCCACAAAAUUAGGAAAAGUUGAAGUUUCACACUAGUUCAUUGUAAGGAAUGAUCAUGUUUUGGUAAUAAGUCUCCCAGUUCUGUUAUUAUUAGGCUUCAAUGCGUCAUUGCUAAAUCAGAUUCAAUGCCUCUAAGUGCAUGUUUAGAAAUCCAUUUACAAUUGAUUCUGAAGUCAAAAUUAAUUUUGACGAGAAGCUUCUUUGAGUAGGUUCAAUUCUGAGUGAGAGAAUUGAUUCUGAUGAAAGGAUGUUGUUCCAAACAUGUUGUAAAAUUAUUUGCCAUUAGCUUUAACAAUCGCUCACUGAACAGGAAACUUGCGGACAAAGUGGCAGCAGCUGGAUUCUUGGUUGUUGUUCCUGAUCUUCUUUAUGGUGACUACUUGGAUCUUGAUAAUCCUCAAUUUGAUCGAGCUUCAUGGUCAAAGGCUCAUGGAACGGAUAAGGGAUGUGAAGAUACAAAACCUCUAAUUGCUGCUCUAAAGAGUAAAGGUGUUACAGCCAUAGGGGCUGCAGGUUUCUGCUGGGGAGGGGUGGUGGUUGCUAAAUUAGCAAUUUCUAGUGACAUUCAGGCCGCAGUUAUUCUGCAUCCCGGUCCAAUCAAACAAGAGGAACUUAAUGAGGUGAGGGUUCCUAUUGCUAUAUUGGGAGCAGAAAUUGACAAUCAUUUCACACCAGAAAAGCUGAAGCAAGCUGAAGAAAUGUUGUCUGCAAAAGCAGAGAUUGAAAGCUUUGUAAAGCUAUAUCCUGGUGUUAGUCAUGGAUGGACAGUAAGAUACAAUGUUGAUGAUGAAGCAGCUGUUAAGAGUGCAGAAGAAGCCCAUCAAGACAUGUUGAACUGGUUUACCAAGCAUGUCAAGUGAUUAGUGAAGGUUGAUGCCAAUUAUUGAAAUCAACCGCAUUGAGUUAUGGUUAAUGAAAGAAUACAAUGUCAAAGAAUCUCGGAUUAGCUAGGAAAAUGUUGAAUGAUAUGUAAAGCAAUUAGUAUCUUUUUGGAUGAAAGACUAAUUGUGUUUUUUUUUUCCCUACUUCUUUCAAUCUUAAUGAUUUCUACUCUUCUCGUUUUAAAUAUAUAGUUUCUUCUCACUAA